AUGACCACCCCCACCCCCACCCCCACCCCCACCCCGUGCCCUGUCGCCCCCUCCGUCCCAGCACCCACAGACGAUAGUGAAGCCGAGCCCACGUCCAGAACGCCCCAGGCCACUGUCGCUGGGCGUAUUCUACUAUUCGCCGCUCUGACAUCCAUCUUCCAGGAGGUGCUAUAUUUCCUAGGGUACGUACCACUGUGCAGGUCCUUCCCCUGGACGGGGGUGUCCGUGGUGUCGGCCGUGCUGCUGGCACUAGUGGAGAUGGUGGAUGGUGGGUGGUUGCCGUUCUUGAGCCUUUUUGCUGCGUUUUGCGUGUAUGUCUAUUUUGCGGUGGGGCCGGGGGCCAGGAGGGGGGUGAUAGUGGCCUGGCCGUGGUGUUGA